UGGUGUUUGUGCCGCCGGCAUUAUUGGAAACAAUGCACAUUGCACACCUCCAAAAACACUUAAAACCUAAUGUUUUCUACACGACACUCUCCUUUCUACAAAAGUUACGAUAACAGUUACAAGCUACCCUUUGAAGUAGACACCUCUCUUUCCUCUCUUUCCUCUUUUUUAUCUUUUUAGUUCACUGUUUUCGUUUCACUGUUAUUCACUAUUACUUCUAACUUCACACCCCCUAUUUUCCUCUUUCGUGUUUACCUCAUAAAAGUGUCAGUGUCUUGGAGCGUUAGCUAUAGUAGUGUGUCCAGCAGUUGAGAAUUGUGAACGAUUGAUCAUGGGGAACGAAAUUAUGCUGCUAGUGAUGUUGCUGUCUCUUCAGAGUUCAACAACUGUAGAUGGAGUGCAGACACCAGUACAAGUUGUACCCAGAGGAAUAGAAUCAGUCAAUGGAUCUUCUGUUAACAUGGGAUGCACCGAAGAACUGACAGUCACUGAUGGGUUUACAACAUGUGGCAGUCCAGGGAAUGGUGCAAUCAGCUAUCUAAUUGACGGUUCUUCCCCCAAUUAUAAUAUUGACACUAGUGCCCCUGACUGGGCAUCUCGGCUGGUGGUAGUUAGGAGAAAUGAAAGCGAUCCUAGCGAUUCUAUCGUACUAUCAUUUGGUUUUGGCACAGAUGUGUCACCGAGUGCAGUUGAAAUUGACUUAUUUCUCUGCUCUGAAUGGAAUUUUUGGGUCACUCUAAUUUCGCUCUAUGCCAAUGAAGAGUUUGACUUAGUUUUUACUGGUACUCUUCGAUUGGGUUCUUUACUCUAUCCUUUCGAGUCCUUCUGUGGCUCCUUGUCAACGAUAACUCUCACUUCAUGGCUGCUAAGUUCAUACCAAACAUUCCACAUUGUGAUGAGUUUUUGAAUCUGACCCAUUCAUUGAGUAUGUGAAUAUCGGAGAAGUAAGGUUCAACGGAAUAAAUUUGGAAGAUUCAAGUCCUAGUUCAGCUACAACACCAGGUCCAAGUACUACUGUUACAGCUACAGUACCGAAGGAUGUGGGGUAUUCUGGUAAGUUGGAAAUGU